AUGAAAUACUUCGAGAGAAGAAUAUGCACAUUUACGAAUAGGACAAUUGAUGCCAAGGAUAGAAGUAGCGUGCAGAUACUACUAGCAAAGCUAGACUCCAAUGGAAGGGCUACAGAAGAUGUUGAUAUCGUCGACAUAGCAGGAUGUAUUAGAAAAACUGGACGAGGUAGAUGCGCUUCUUUUGGAAUACUCAAGAAAAAACUAAUAAACGGUUUACAACACCAGUAA